GAUGUUAUGGUGAAGCAGCACAACACGUGUGACGUUGCCUGAGCUGGGUGGUGGUAGUCAAAAUGAGUGAGAAGAGAAAACGUGAAGAAAUAUCGGACUCACAAAAGGACAUACUAAGUGGAGAUGGAGAAAAAGUCAAUUAUAUGGUCAACAUCAACACAGAUGAUGAUGGGGACUCAUCUAAUUCUGAGGGUAGCGAUAUAGAUGAUGAUGAUAUUGAAGAUGUUAGUGGCGAUGAAGCUGAGGAAAGUGAUGAUGGUGAAGUAGACAGUCUUGAUGGAGAUUAUACAUUUGAUGAUAAUGAAGAGGAGGGGGAAGAUGAUGACGAAGAGGAGGAGAAAGAUGAUAACGAGGAGAGGGAAGAUGAUAAUGAUGACAAAAAUGAAACAGAAAAUAAAACAAAGGUAAAAGUAGAUGCAAAAGGUGAUGGAGACAGUGGCAUUGACGAUCCUUCCCAAGAAAAACUAAAGAUUUCAAAAAGUAAAAAGAACUUAUCUGGGAAGCUUUCAGGAUUACGAUUACAAACCACAAAAGCAGAUAAUGUUGCCAGCAAACAAGAAAACCAAAAUAGUAGCCAGGAUUUGGGGAAACCAGAUGAAUAUGCAGAAGACUCAUCAGAUGAAGAAGACCUCAGGAAUACAAUAGGAAAUGUACCUGUCAAGUGGUAUGAUGAAUACCCACACUUGGGCUAUGACCUAGAAGGAAAGCAGAUCAUCAAACCAAAACGAGGUGAUACUCUGGACAAUUUCCUGAACAGAUUAGAGAAUCCUGACUUUGACCGUACCGUCUUUGAUAAGCAGACUGGUCAAGAUGUUCGACUAAGUGAUGAAGAUCUGGCAACUGUUAAAAGUCUCAUGACCAAUAGAGUGCCAAGCGCUGACUAUGAUUACUAUGCUCCCUGGGUCGAUCAUUUCACUCACGAAGUCAUGGAAAUGCCCUUGACGGGUCGUACAGAGUCCAAGAAAUCCUUUGUUCCCCCCAAGUAUGAAGCUACAUAUGUUGCUAAGAGAGCUGAACAGAUAAGAAGAGGCCUUAUUCAAUAUACUAAGAAAAAGGAAGAAAGAUAUAGGUAUUACAAUUUAUGGUCUGAUGCAGAAAGAACGAAACGGGGAAUAAGCAAUCAUUUACCAGCACCAAAGAUCAGAUUACCAGGCCAUGGAGAAUCAUAUAAUCCUCCGAUAGAGUAUUUACCGCUUGGUGCAGAACCUCCUGAUUGCCUUCGUAGAGUUCCUGGAUGGAAAUCAUUUGUUAAAGAUCGCUGGGAACGUUGUCUUGACUUGUAUUGUGCACCUCGGCAACAAGUAAUGAGGGUUACUGCAAGUGCCAAGGACCUUAUACCAGAGUUACCAAAGCCCCAGGACCUGCGACCAUUCCCCACUGUGGAGGGACUGAUUUUCAGAGGCCAUCGAUCCAUUAUCAGAUCCAUCUCUAUUCAUCCUCUUGGCAAGUUCCUUGCUUCUGGUUCAGAUGACCAAACUGUUAAAAUUUGGGAGAUCAGCACUGGGCGUUGUUUGCGCAGUUUUGAUGUUGAAGCAGCUGUUAAAUGUGUGGCUUGGAACCCAAGCAACAAGCUUUUCUUAUUAGGCAUAGUGUUAGAAAGCAAAGUGAUAUUUAUGAACCCCGAGACAUACCUUACAGAUAAGGUAGUGGUUCAGCAGACAAAUUCCGUCUUUAAGGAGGAACCUGAUCAAGGCGACUACAUACAACCUGAGCGUGUGAAAACAGCUGUGACAUGGAGGAAACCUACAGGUGAUGAGUGGGCCAAGGGAUACAGAGUUGUUGUAGACCAUUUCCGUAGUGUCAAACAGAUAGUGUGGCACAAGCAGGGUGACUAUUUUGCUACAGUUAUUCCUGAAGGAGAUCACAGGUCUGUCCUCAUGCACCAGUUAAGCCGAUGGCGGUCCCAAGUACCUUUUAACAAGUGUAAAGGUCGUGUUCAAACUGUACAGUUUCAUCCUAAGCUUCCCUUCUUAUUUGUGGUGACACAAGGCCACAUUCGUGUCUACAACCUACAGAAGCAAAGAAUGUUGAAAAAAGUCCAGGCUAACAGUCGCUGGAUAUCAUCAAUAGCCAUUCACCCCGGUGGAGAGCACUUCCUUAUUGGUGGAUAUGAUCGCAAACUUAACUGGUUUGAGAUGGAGUGUACCAGAAGACCACAUCUUCUACGUUACCACAGAACAGCUGUCCGUAGUGUAGCAUUCCAUCGUAAAUAUCCAUUAUUUGCAUCUGCUGCAGAUGAAGGACGAGUCAUUAUAUCACAUGGAAUGGUCUACAACGAUUGGUUGAAAGAUCCAUUUUUGGUACCUGUGAAGGAGCUGAAGGGCCACUCCAAGUUUGAAGAUUAUUGUGUACUUGACCUCACCUGGCACCCAUAUGAGCCAUACCUAUUCACUGCUGGUGCUGAUUCUACCAUUCGACUUUGGCAUUAAUAGGACGAUUCUGAAUAAGUUGAUACACUGUUAAUGGAUGAUUUAGUUUUAUGGGAAUAGGAAGAUUCAGGUUCAAAAUAAGACUUCCCAUACCAUAUUUAUAUACAGUAUUGUGUUCAUUUUUAGUUCAGUAUGCUCAUAGAAGGAAAACAAAAUAAUAUGGAAUUGAGAAAUAGUGAAUAAUUAAUCCCAACUUGUAUCAUUCCUUUAAGUUCAGAUUAAAAUUUUUGUAGACAGGUGAAUGAAUAAUUACUCAUCUCGUUAAUAUGUCAUGUAUAGAAUGUUAAUUUGUUUGUAUGAAAACAUAUUAUUGUUCCUGAAGCAAUAAACUGUAAAAUUCA